AAGGGCAUUGUGCGCCAUGUCGACUGCUUCGAUCAACGGUUGGUGCCUUUCGUCAACCUCUGGAGCCCAGACUUGUGUGAGGAAAGCUACAUUGCGUCCCUGUGUGUUCGCUAGGCUUAACUCUUCGCCAUCUCCUCCUUCCCUCAUCCAGAACAAGCCUGUUUUCGCUGCCCCUGCUCCCAUCAUCACCCCUACUUGGAGAGAAGACAUGGGGAAGGACUCGUACGAGGACGCUAUUGAGGCUCUCAAGAAACUUCUCAGUGAGAAGGGGGACUUGAAAGCUGUUGCUGCUGCAAAAGUGGAGCAGAUAACGGCAGAGUUACAAACUCCAAAUUCCGACGCCAAAUUUAACCCUGUUGAGAGGAUCAAAACCGGUUUCAUUCACUUCAAGAGAGAGAAAUUCGACAAGAACCCGGCUUUGUACGGUGAGCUGGCCAAAGGACAAAGUCCCAAGUUUAUGGUGUUUGCAUGCUCUGAUUCCCGGGUCUGCCCAUCACAUGUGUUGGAUUUCCAACCAGGAGAGGCUUUUGUGGUCCGCAACGUUGCUAACUUUGUUCCACCCUAUGAUAAGACAAGGUACUCUGGAACUGGGGCUGCGAUUGAAUAUGCAGUUUUGCAUCUCAAGGUGGAAAACAUUGUGGUGAUUGGGCACAGCGCUUGUGGUGGAAUUAAGGGGCUGAUAUCCAUCCCAGAAGAUGGAUCCACCUCUACUGAUUUCAUAGAAGAUUGGGUCAAAAUUGGUUUGCCUGCGAAGGCCAAGGUGAAAGCAGAGUUUAGCAAUGCAAGUGUCCCAGAACUAUGCGGACAUUGCGAAAAGGAAGCAGUGAAUUUAUCCAUUGGAAACCUGCUAACCUAUCCAUUUGUAAGAGAAGGGUUGGUGAAGAAAACUCUGGCAUUGAAGGGUGGUUACUACGACUUUGUUAAAGGAGGCUUUGAGCUCUGGGGGCUUGAGUUUGGUCUUUCUCCAUCUCUCUCCGUAAAAGAUGUGGCCACGAUACUGCAUUGGAAGCUCUAGGGCAUGCUUAGAGGUCAUUCCUGCAAGAGAUGAGGCUCUUCUUCAUAUAUUAUUUAUAUAAUAACUUAAUUGAGAGCUGGGUUAUGUAGACAAGCCUCUUUCAUUGACUUGACUGAAAUUUCAUUGUUCAUCUCAUGUUCCUUGACGUA